ACUCCAUUGUGAUCAGAGAAGAUAGUUUGUGUGAUUUCAGUAUUUUUAAAUACAGGAUGUGAUUUCAGGCCUAACACGUGGUCUGUGUUAGGUACAGUUUGUUAAUAGCGUUCAGGUCGUCUGUUUCGUUAUUGAUCUCCUGCCUAGAUGGCCUAUCAGUUGUUGACAGUGGAUGUUGAAGCCCCAAGUGUUGCUGUGGAAGCAGCCGUGUCUCCUUCAGUUCUGUCAGUUUUGCUUCAUGCAUUUCAGGGUCUGCCGUGAGGUGUGUGUGUGUUUAUGAUCGCAGUGUCUGCUUGCUGGCUCAGACCUUCUAUCAGCACGUGUCCGGCCCUGCUUGUCCUCUUUUGACUGAACCUCGCUUUUGUCUGGCAGUGGACACUGUGGCUGUGUUGAUUGCUGUUUGCAUGGAACGUCUUAGGGCUUUGAGUUACUGUCUCAUGUCCUUUUAUUUCAGCCUGAAGGACUCUCCUCAGCAUUUCCUGUUGGGGCAGCUCUUGUCUGGACGCCUUCAGGUUUUAUCUGUCUGUGAACAUCUUCCAAGUUCCCCUUCAUUGUGAAACACAGUUGUUGUGGAAUUAGAAUCCUCGGUUGACAGUUUUUUCUUGAAGGCCUUUAAAAAUGCCAUCCCACUGCCUCUGGCCGCCAUGGGCUCUGUUUUUCAGGGUUGCCGUGAGGUUCCUUGGUGGAGAUGUCUCAGAGCCUGUCAUGCGUGGGGUUCGUUGCACUUCUGGAUGUAUGGGGAAUGGAAAGUGACAAGAGGAGGAAAAAACCGGGAUUAUAUCUGCCCGCGAUGCGAGUCUGGUUUUAUCGAAGAGCUUCCAGAAGAGACCAGGAACACGGACAGCAGUUCUGCCCCCUCCACAGCACCCCCGGACCAGAGCAGGCAGCCUUUCGAGAAUGUGGACCAGCACCUGUUCGCACUGCCCCAGGGCUAUGGGCAGUUUGCUUUCGGCAUCUUUGACGACAGCUUUGAGAUCCCCACACUUACCCCUGGGGCACCAUCCGAGGAUGCCAGGGACCCCGAGAGCCGGCGGGAGCGUGAGCACCAGUCCCGGCACCGUUAUGGCGCCCGGCAGCCCCGGGCCCGGCUCACGGCUCGGCGCACCACGGGCCGGCACGAGGGUGUCCCGACACUGGAAGGGAUCAUCCAGCAGCUGGUCAACGGCAUCAUCACCCCGGCCACCAUCCCCAGCCUGGGCCUGGGCCCCUGGGGUGUCCUGCACUCGAACCCGAUGGACUACGCCUGGGGCGCCAACGGCCUGGACGCCAUCAUCACACAGCUCCUCAAUCAGUUUGAAAACACAGGCCCCCCACCCGCAGACAAAGAGAAGAUCCAGGCCCUCCCCACCGUCCCCGUCACUGAAGAGCACGUAGACUCUGGGCUGGAGUGCCCCGUGUGCAAGGACGACUACACGCUGGGCGAGAGCGUGCGCCAGCUGCCCUGCAACCACCUUUUCCACAAUGGCUGCAUCGUACCCUGGCUGGAGCAGCACGACAGCUGCCCCGUGUGCCGGAAAAGCCUCACGGGACAGAACACGGCCACGAACCCCCCAGGGCUGACAGGCGUGAGCUUCUCCUCGUCCUCCUCGUCCUCCUCCUCUAGCUCGCCCAGCAGCGAGAACGCGGCCGGCCACUCCUGAGCCGCCACCUUCCGGCCGGGCCCACCCAUCCACCCAUCCCUCAGCUCCACCAGGGCUGCCGCGGACUCGGGGCCCGUUCCGUGGUCAGUCCCAGCAGGCCCCUGCUUGCUGUGGCCAGGGCCCGGGGACCCGCCUGCCCGGCCAGCCCAGAAUGUCCACUCCACAGGCUCCAGGCCCGGCUGGGUGCCCCCACUCCCUCUGGCCCCACGUCUCUAACCUGCCCUCCAAAUGUUCAACAGCGGAAAGGUUUUUAUAAUUUUAAAUUAUUGCUGCUUUGAAAUAAAUGGACGUUUUAGCUCCUAAGAAGCCAUUUUUCACAUGAUCUGUGGAGUUGGGAGAGCUGCUCGAGCCAGGGUCAUGGCCAGGCAGGCCCCGCGGCAGCCUCGCCCCAUCCACCCUGUGGGCCUGGCCGUGUGGGGGCUCGGGCCACGAGGACGACCAGAAGGAACUGAGGACAGAGCUGCCCCGAUGGGCGGUUUUUAAAGGGGAAAAAACAUGUAUCUUGAAAGCUAUUUAAAAAUACAGCAACUCAGAGAAGCAGGUGGUCCGGUGUCUUCCUUCCACCAGUGUGCGGCGAGCAGGGGUGUGCGGUGCUGGUGUAUGCCCCCUGCAGGGGCCGGAAGGCCGAGCCGACCCCCACCUGCCCCCGGAGCUCAGCGAACCCAGGAUUCCCGACCCGAAUCACGGACAUCAAAUCCUGCAACGUGAGUGAGAAGAUGGCAGCACAGCACCGAGGCGCAGAACGUCACACCAUGGAGACGGCCUGCGUCCGGGGGUCUCGCAUGUCCUCGGCCUCGCAUCUUGGCGCAGCCGCCCCCAGUCCUCCGACCCGCAGCACCCUCGGAGCUCGCCUUGGGACGCUGUCACUGCCGGGAGCCCCCGCAGCGUGCAGGGACGGUGCAGGAGCAGAGCCAGGCUGCGGUGUCGGGGCCGGGGCCUCCCGGUUACCCCCAGCCCCGUUCCCGCUGUGGGCACAGCAGCCUGGGGCCACAGCAUUCUCGUGAUCUGUAAAGAUUCUGACCAUCGCGUGGUCCAAAAGCAGACUGUGUGGACAUAACCAGGAGUGCCCCCCACCCCCCCGGGAACCGUUCAUGUUCAUUUAUUGUGGACCCUUCUAGAAUGUUCAUUUUUCAAAAUGAGCAAAUGCACACUC